AUGUACAACGGAUCCUUGGAACAAGUAAAUAUAUUUAUAAAAAGUGACAAUCGUAUGUGUACCCCUGAAGCGCUAUUACCAAUUUUUACUGAUUUUUUAUCGAACAACACGGACAAAAAUAAUGCGGCUAGCAAGCAAAUCUUCGAAUAUCGCUCUCAGUCACCAUUAGAUCUUUUAUUAUCCGCAUCUGCGAUUUCAUUAGACAAUGAUAUUGAUCAAAAUUUUGUACACCUUGCGCUUACUGUUAUAACAUCGAUCUUAAAGCCUUCUACCAUGCAAAGCCAGAAUGAAAUCAAAGAAUUCUGGAAAUCAAUAUCAGAGGAUCAAAGACAAACAAUAAGAAAUGCACUGAUCCACGGUUUAAUGUACAGCAAUGCAGGAACUAGGUCAAUAUCUGCAAAAGCUUUGGGUUAUUUAUUUACAUUUGCAAUUCCCUGCAAUGAGCGCAAUACUGUCUUCCCAUUAUUACGAGAACUCUUCACAAAUACAGAUUCCUACGGAGAAUAUGCAAAAUUUGGUGCGAUUUCAGUAAUGAACACAAUUUUUGAGUUAAAAUCGUUUAUUGUUAAAGCAUAUCCAAAUUAUUUAACAGACGUUGACAUAACCAUGCAAUGCUGCUCAGAAAUUUUACAAUUAAGUCCAAAAACAGACAAUGAAAAUUUAAAUUUUGCUUUUCAAUGCAUUUACAACUGCGCAGUGAACUACCAAGAGCGUAAAACAGAUAUAUUUGAAGAUAACGAGCGAGCACUCGCAUUAUACAACUUAAUUUUCUCAUUUUUCAACAUUGAUGAUACAGAUUUACACAAAACUCUUUAUGAUUUACUUUUACUCCUUCUCAAAGACAAAUAUGAGGAGUCUUCAACAAUAUUCCCCGAGAUAUUCAAAGUUAUUUCGGUAGAUUUCCAACAUAAUAAUGAAUCAAUUGUAAAACAGUGCAUAGACUUCUGGGAUGCACUCUGUAGUUACGAGUCAAGUAUUAUCAGUACAAUAGAAGACCCGCCAAACUAUAUUAGGCAAGUUUACGAAACAAUUGUCGAAGAAUUGCUGAAUUGGCUUUCCCAAGACUACGAAGAUGAAGAAUCAAGAGACGACAGUAGUCUUUUCCAUAAAGCUAUCGAAGCGCAGAAGUUAAUCGAGUCGUUCGGAAAAUUCCUGCCUGAUGAAAUUUUGCCAAUUUUGGUAAAUUUCUUUUCUACGAACAUUGUGUCGUCAGAAUGGCGUCCAAUACAAGCCAGUCUACUCGCUAUAAGGGCUGCCUUGAAUAUCGCUAAAAAAGACGCCGAAGAACUCUUGAAUUUCUACGAUGGAAUCAUAACUCUCUGCGGCCAUGAAAAUUCGGCGGUUAGGGAAACUUCCCUUUUGGUUCUAUCGGAAUUAAUUGUCACUUUUCCGAAAAAAUUAGAACCGAAUUUUGACGGGUGCAUGGAAUUAGCAAUUAAUCAUAUAUCAACAAGUCCUCGUGAUGCUGCUUAUGCGUGUAUCUUGAUUUCGAAAAUUUUGAAAAAUUCAACUUUUACAUUUGAGCAGUAUGAGCAAUUAGAGCAUGAACUAUUCAAUCUGAUUGACAUGGAAUUUACCUGUGGAGCAGUUCCUCUGAAUAGAGCUAUUGUUAAGGUGUUUUCUUCGUUAAUUGACUGUAUUUCGAUUAAUUUGCUCGAUACAGAUAACGUAGAAGCAAUUAAUAGGAGAGCAAACAUGUUAAUAAGCAUAUUGCAUGGUAUUGCUGAUCGAAUUUUGAAAGUUUCUGAAAUUUCUGAUUCAAAUAUUCACAAUAUCAUCCUAUAUUUGCUUUCUCAGAUCAAUUUCAAGAUAUGCCAAGCAUAUAUCUUCUCAUAUGACACUACUCGCUGUCACUGCUACACUGAACAGAUGCAAAUUUCUUGUCAAACGGUAAUAGAACCUGUAUUCAGUCUUUUCGAUAUCCAAAACCCAUCUACCGAUAUUCUACAUAUAAUUGCAGACAUAGUUCGUGCAGGAAAACUCGUAGAAGUUUACGAACAAUUAUUACCUAUCUUUUCUCAAUUGAUUCAAACGGAAGAAGCAUCAAUAUCAAACUUUGUGUGCAAAUUAAUGUCACACAUGUUCAUUUCGGAGUUUGUUCAAGUAACUUUACCAAAUAUUGAAAAUUUCCUCCAAAUUUUAGUUGCCAAAAGCUCUGAUGAGUAUUGUACUGUGCAGUCAUUCAUUUCUAUUGCGUCAUUGGCCGGCUCACUGAUCAGGAUUUGCGAAGAAGGUUCUCAUUUUGAUUAUUUACUGACUUUUCUUGAAUUUGCAAGAAAUGUUUAUGUAAACAGACUCACCAUGAUGACCACAAGCGAAUACCCCGACUAUAUCGAGUCUGUUGUUAGUUUAGACAUCAUAUUUGUUAGAUCUGCUAACACAAACUUCGAUUCUAGCAUUUACAAUCCAAGACGACUUAAAUUCAUAUUUGAUGUGAUCAAACUUGCCGAAGAACUUCCUGAAAUUCCAACAAACAUCUACAGUUUAGUUUUUCUUUUCAUAAAAACUUGUGCGAUGUCGAAGAAAUUGAAACAGAUGGUUAAUGUGUAUCUGCAACAGUACUACACUAAAAUGUACGUGGAUAGCAAGGCCCAGGCAGUUCUAAUAGCAAGGAAUGAGAAAGAUCUCGCCAAAUUAAUGAAAUCUUUCUAUUCUAAACUUUCAAAUGUUUAG